UUCCGUUAAAGACUCGGGUCUGGACUACAGGACCCUCCGAACCCUCUCUGCGGCUCCGUGUGGGUCCGCGGGCCAGCUCUGGGUCCGGGUCCACGGCCUGGUCUAAUCCGGAUCCUGAAAAAUCCUCCGAGAUGCUCCGAGCUGUCUGCAGCUGCACCCAAACACCGAGAGCAACACGGAGACCGGCCCCGGGACUCAGAGAUGCUGCUUUUCAGACGGAGAGCCAGGAUGCUGCGAUGGCUGGUGUGUGGUCGGCUGGGUCCGGUCUGGAUGUGGAAAGCUCUGCUGCUCUUCGUGGCCAUCGCCUUCGCUGGCCAGCUGCUGGGGGUCAUCUUCAACAAGAGCAGCGUCCAGCCUGCUGCUCGCUCCAUCUUCUCGUCCCCUGAUGCUCAGGGCCCUUCCUUGGGCUCCUGUCAGCCCCACACCCACAUCAUGUUCCUGAAGACCCACAAGACGGCCAGCAGCACUGUACUCAACAUGCUGUACCGCUUCGGAGAGGAGCGAGACCUCCGCUUUGCCCUGCCACUGGGCUACCAGCUGGGAUACCCGCUGCCCUUCAACGCUCACCGGGUGAAAGGAUAUAGAGGGCCCCGGGUCAUUGAGUUCAACAUCAUGGGCAACCACAUGAGGUUCAAUAAGCCUGAGGUGGAGAAGGUGAUGCCAGCAGACACGUUCUACUUCUCCAUCAUCAGGGACCCCGUAGCCCUCACCGAGUCGUCAUUUGCCUACUACAAAGAGGUGGCGCCAGCCUUCAGGAAAGCCAAAGGUCUGGGCGACUUCGCGGACGACCCUAGGAAAUACUAUGACCCCCGUCUCCGUAACAACCACUACGCCCGUAACCUGCUGUGGUUCGACUUCGGCCUCGACCACAACGCCAACUUCUCUGAGGCUUUGGCCCAGCGAGGGAAAUCCAUGAUCCGUCGCGCCUUCAAGCUCAUCCUGAUCUCUGAGUACUUCGACCAGUCCAUGAUCCUGCUCAGGCAUGCGCUCUGCUGGCCGCUGGACGCCGUUGUCUCUUUCAGCCUGAACGCACGGCAGCAGAAGCCCAGCAGCACUGGGGGCAUUGGGGGAAGCUGGGUGGGUAAGGCGGCAGCAGCUGCAGGCGUUGGUGGGAGAGGAGGGCGUUUACAGGCAAAGGCUGCUCCAAACCUGUCUCUGACGGACGACCAGCGGGAGAAACUGCGCCAAUGGAAUGCCUUAGACUGGUACCUCUACAAAACCUUCAAUAAGACCUUCUGGGACGAGAUCAACAAGUUCGGACACACUAACAUGGAACAGGAAGUGGCUCUACUGCGUAUGCGGCGAGAUGAGCUGGCCCGGGUUUGUCUCAGGGAUGGAGGGAAGCCCGUGGAGGCUCAGAGGAUUCGGGACCGAAACAUCCGACCGUUCCAGAGCGGCCUAGUGAAGAUCCUAGGCUAUGAGCUGCAGCCGGGCCUCGACAACGCCACCAGGAUGGCGUGCUUGAGGAUGAUCCGCCCUGAGAUCCAAUACAAAGAUGUGCUGGAUAAUAAACAAUUCCCCCGGGCAGCCCCGGCAGCCCCCCCUCAGGCUGGGCAGCAGGGCGGGGCCCCCGCUGCGGGGCCCUUUUUAAGAGGGGACUCGUCCAGGACAGCAGAGAGGGCAGGGGAGGCAGUGGGGAGGACAGUGGGGGACGGGGGGAGGGACUGGGAUGGGAGCCGAUUAAGAAGAAGUAACCAGACGCUGACAGAAGGAAAAGGACGGCUCAGAUAGUCCGCUGAGUUAAAAAAAAAUAAAUAAAUAAAAAAAGGGACGCACAGCGCCGAACUCUGACCUGACCAGUUUAUACCAGAGAAAGGCCCGCCCUUUGCUCUUCUUCUUCUUCUCUGCUUGUUUUCUUACUGACAGACGCUGCUGCUCUCAGUGUGGCUGUGUGGAUGUGACCUUUGACCUCUGCAGCUGAACCACAUCGUGUGUUAGUCCAGUCUCGGCAGGAAGUGAGUGGAGAUGAGCCUGCAGGUCCCGCUGCUGUUCAUCCAUGGUCACGUUAGCACACACACAAUGAGCUUUAUUUAUCACAUGGUGGUUCUAGACGCCAGGAGUCUAAGAGCAUGCUCUUAAAGGUACAUACGUCCUGAUUUUACCUCUCAUGGGUUACCAAACAGCUCUGAGGAAGGGACCGCCAUGAUGGAUUUAUACCCAUAUCUGAUAGAUUCAUAGGCUCAGUCCAAGGUUAAUAGUUAAAGCUGAUAUUGGCCCAUGUCUUUAACUGAGAUCUUUUGCUCCUUUUCUGCAGACAUGGUAACUGGUGAGAGGUAAAAAUGCCUUCAUGAAGUCUUUGAAAAUUUGUUUGCUGUUGAUGGUUUGUUGAAGCACUGAAGGACGGUGCUCAUUAAGUGACAAAACUAAUCAGGAUUGAGUUUCUCUCUGAGCCGAAAACAGAACCUUAGACCUCGUCUUAAUAAUACAGCAGGAGAUCUGAGAUCAGCCUUUAUCAGAGUUUUCUUUAUCAGUGGGGAAGCAUCCGUCGGAGAGGGAGCUGCAUGGACCUGUCUAUCUACGAGGUUCAUAUCCGCGCGGGCUGAUUCAUUUUAAAGCCACACUCCAUCAUCUAUUUCAUAAUGCUGCAAACACUCCCUCAACUCCUCACUGUUAUCAGCUCAGUAUUAAAGUUUGAAAAGUGAGUCAGCCGCUGUUUGAAGGUUUCAGGAGAUUUUAUGAAGUAAAACCACAAAACAAGCAAACAAUCACAGCAGAUAUGAUGGCUUAUUAAUGCAUAGAGAAGCAGCUAAUAUGAUCACUUAUGAACAAUAAAUGCAGAACUAUAACCCCUACAUAUGCGAUCUGUUUCGGUCAUUCAGAUACCAAGUGGUAAUCCUGGAAACUUAAAUUGAGUCAUUUCAGUUUGACAAUUAGAACACAGAUACAGCAAAAAUAUCUUGCUGUUUGUUGACUGGCCUUUGUUAGCAAUGUUUGGAAAAGUUGGUGGAACAGUUUCACCCACUUUCAAAAAAGUUGCCAACUAUGGCCCAUUUUUUUGACAAAAUUGGAGGUGAAAAAGCCCCCAACAUCCCCAGCUUCACCAACAUUCUAUACUCUGCCUUUGAUGAUAUCGGUCUUUAAUAGCUUUAGAUGGUUGGAAUCAUGCUUUGAAGCCUAUGAAACAUGAAAUCCUUGCCUUUUAAGAUGGCGUCAUCAAAAGUUGCUAAUUAUGGCUUGUAACUUAAAAAUUCCAAGUUGCCAGUCACAUAUUUCAUCACAAAUGUGCCCUGAACUCAGUAGCCAGAGUGACCAACUGGUAGCAACUGGAACAUCCAACUCGGAUACUCUGACAUCCAAUUUUCAAGGUAAAUGGAAGGCGAUAUAAUAUUUGGCAUAAAAGGAGGGGGAAAACCCCCAACAUUCACAGCUAACAGACUUACAAAUGUGGUGCCAUUCUUAGAGCCUAUGAAACAUUCCAUCCUUGCCUUUGAGGAUGUCAUGAAAAAGUUGCCAGCUAUGGCCUAAUAAUUAGUAAAAAUGGGGGGAAAAGCACCCUACAUGCACAGCUUCACCAACAAUCUGUCCUCUUCCUUUGAUGAUGUCAUCCUUUACAGCCUAUGAAACAUUCCAGCCUUGCCUUUGAAGAUGAUCUCAUCAGAAGUUGCCAACUAUGGCCAAAUAUUUGGCAAAAAGGCAGGGAAAAAGCCUCCAACAUCCCCAGCUUCACCAACAUUCCAUCAUUUGCCUUUGAAGAUGAUGUCAUUCUUUAAAGUCUUCAUUUUGAAAAUUCUAUACUGCAAAUUACAGAUAGGGCUUGUUCCACGUUCCACGGGAUCAGCACAAAUUACCAGAGGUCCAUGGGUGAUACCUAUCCUGUGCAAAUAGGGCCUUUUUUCACUAAAUAACACUAUAGAUGCAGAAACUAUUGAAUAUGCAGGUGCAGUGAACCUAUUAUUCAUUCACCUUUAGAAAUAAAGUCUUGUACCUUUGAGUUUUCUCUCAAAUUUCUAAGGAUAGCAUAUUGUACAUAGGCACUAGCCUCUUAGUUUGUGGCUACAACAGUGUACAAAUAAAUUCAGAAAACUUCAUCGCUCUAUCAUUAUUAGAACAUACACUAAAUAUACCAACAAUCUUUUUCUUGUUGGUGACUGUCCUUUGUUGACAACUGGGAUCAACUGUUUUUAAAAAAUGGAGGGACAAAGGCCUUAGCUUCACAAACAUUUCGUCCUCUGCCUUUGAUGAUGCCAUCCUUUGAAGCAUCUAAGGCUUGAGAAAGAUGAUGCCAUCAAAGCUCACAAAACAUUCCUUCCUCUCAUGGUCAGAAAGCCACAGGGAUGAUGUUUGGGCUCAUGUUAGAGUCAGAGGAGGGACAGAGCAUUCUGGUCAGCCUUGAAGACAGAUUGUUAAAGCAGAGGAUGGACGUAUGGACUAAAAUUACAUCUCUUAUUGGUAUCUGAAUGACCAAAACCCUGAUAAUCGGCCACCCUUACGAGUCCUUUCACUUGUUGUAAAAAGGAUUUUCAGCCACCAAACACAGACUGUCUCUACAUCUGUCAGCGGUGUGUCAACAUCAGACAACUCUAGAAUAGUUUCACCCUGUUGCAGAUGUCCAACUGGUUUUUCUUGAAGCUCAUUUUUUCUCUGAGCUUCACUGCUGAAGGUUUUUACAACAAAGAGAAAGACUGAUUUUAUCUGGUUGAGGCUGCAAACAGAGACCAGCUCUGUUUGCAGCAAACAACAAAUGACUGUGAUAACGCACUCAGACAUGACCCUUUUCUUUAUAACGGCUGUUUUUAUAGUCUGAUGUUUUUAAUCUUCUACUUUAGCCACUUGGUGGUGUUAAUACAUCUUACUGAAGCUGCAGGCCAGGUUUCAGCGGUGAAAUAUGUGAAAUAUGAUCUUAGAUGUUACAGAACCAGAACUUGAAACAUUAUUCAAAUCACCGAGCAACGCCAUUGGACCAUUUUCCUGCCUGUUAAACAUUUAAAGUCUUGAUCAGUGCUGCCAUAAUGCUAAUAUCUGGAUGUAAACAAGCACAGUGAAUGACAGCAUCAAUAGCACCAAUAGGAUUCAGCAGCAUUGCUUGUUAUUCGAUCUAGAAAAAGUGGAUAAAGUUGUACCUUGGCCGUGUCAUCCUGAAUUUGCCUAUAAACCCUGAGUAAUCACGAAAGCACAGGUAGGCAGGUUAAAAAGUCUAGUUUUUUACAGUGUUUGGAGCGUUUUCUUUAGACUAAAUGCCCUUAAAAUUCCCAUUCAACCAGAUUUAAAUCACUCUCUUAAGACCAUCCGUAGUUUGCUAUACUCUUAGAGGAGCAGUGAGCAGAUACCUGAGCCCCGUCCAGGUCUACCUCAGCCCCUGCGUGCUGUGAUACUCGGUAUAAAAGAGCCACUCGCCAUCUCCAGGUUCAGGUGGAGAACAAAGCUUGGCAAAGCAGUGCUCGGCAUGUUGAAGAGCUCUCAUUGUGUCUGAACAACGUUGAACUUUUGACUGACUGAAGCUGGGAGUCUCAGACAAAGCGUUUCUCUGACGAAGCGACGGCGUGAAUAGUGUCUCCUUACAGCAGGCGGCCUGGCGGGGACGAUCGGGUGUACGGCUUUAUGUUGGGAUGGCUGCUUCCUCUGUUUCCUCCCAUGAAAGAGAGAUUGUUCAUCAGCAGGCAGAGACGGCGAGCCGGAGAGAGAGAAAUAAAGAUUUCAAACAUAUCUGCCAAAUCAUACCUCAAACAUAUGAAAUGUCAGUGCAUAGUCGACUCAGUACAACAAAACAACAACAAAUAUCUCUGGAAUCUUUGUGUUGACUCUAAAUGUCCCUUUAGAGCCACCAUAGCUUCACAAAUGUCCCAGAACAAGUGUUUAAAACUGAACCAUUCACGCUCUCACUGAUGAACCAUCAGUCAUGAAGAUUGAUUUGAUGCCUUACAGGACACAGAUGGCUUUAAAUCCACAGAUUAUUCCUAAUGUUACUGUACAUACUGUAUUUAUCAGACACUCAUCUUCAUGUUAAACACUACUCUGAUUAUGGCCGGUCCAUAAUUCAUCAAUGAUUCAGUGUUUUUUUUCUGCAUUUAAGGAUAUUUUUUUUUAACUUAAAACGAUCAAAACAAGCUCAUGGAGACAUUAAGAAAACAUAUCUGAUCAAUAAUUCUUCAUAUUGACCAUUAAUCUGAUUAUUAAAUAUGAGAUAUGAUACUGAUUUCAUCAGGUGGCUGUAUCACUCAUAAGCAUCCAUGUAUUAUGAGAUAAAAAGUAUAUUUAAAAGAGAUGAGAGGAUUACCGUAAAAUCUGGUAUAUAGGUGGCACUAGUAUGUAUUUUCCUAUUAGGAACAAGAACAGAGAGAGAUGACCAGGUACCAGGAGUGUCUUAAUGAUAGUCAUAAUUCGAUAUUUUUCAAAAUCAUUCAGUCCUUUUGUCAAUACAAAGCACCACACUUCUGUUCCUCCCCUUUCAAAAUGAAAGCCCUAAAUGUCCAAUUUCUUUACAAGGGGAAACUAAAUAUUACUGAGCAGAAAAAUGAAUAUAUAAAAGAUACAGCAUGGACAGUGAACAUAGCAUUCACUUAAAAGUGUGUCUUAUACACCUGAUUUUACAGUACUUCCUGACCAUCCAUGUGGUUUUGUCUCUAAAAUUAUGAUAUAAAUAUCUCUAUAAAUCAUUUCAUGGAACAUUUCCUGAUGUCUCCUGAGUCAAAUAUUUAAGUGAAAAUGUGGCGUUUAGAACACUUUCUUGACUUAUUGACCUGUUUCACAGCAGAAACAUGCACAUGCUCUUUAAAUGUGAAUAACAGUCCUCUGUUUAUUCUUGAAUGCAUCGGGGUGAACUGUUGUCUAAACAUGAUGCGUUCAGUGUCUAAACAUCCUGUACGAGUCGUUCUCUGGUACUUUUAUUUUUAGAUGUACAUAUGCUCACAGACAUGUUCUUCUACUUCACAUGUGAACAAACUUAACCGUACUUUAUUUUGUAACCUUUAAAAUGCUGGAAUGCUUGGACUUUCAUUGAAUUCAAAGGUACAACUCUGAACCAUAAAGGUCUAUUUGAUAUCAGUAAUACCUUUAAUUAAGUCAACAUUUAAGUUUAACAGAUGGUAAAAUAACUCCAGAAAGGACCAUGGAAAGGAUCAGUAUUUUUUCCACAUCAUCAUUAAAACAUUUCUUAUGUUGACUCUCAUGAAUAUGAGGCCUUUAUUAGAUCUUACUAUGAAUUUAAACAGUAUGAAGUUCUUGUAUUUAAAGACCCAGAACAGUGAAGUAUAUUCCAGAUGUAUUACUAUGUUUAUGAUGUGGUUUAACCUCCUGAGACCCUGAGAUAGUUAUCUAGAACGUCCACUGAGGUUUUAAUAAUUCCCUGAAAUGUUGGGAGUAUUUGUCGAACAUUUUCUGAAUUUUUCAUGGAAAUUUGGAGGUCUGUUUGAAUAUUUUGUUAUUGUAUAAUUGAGUUUCAUCGAACAUUUUGGGGAAAAUUUAGAUUGGAAUUUUUUCUUUUCUUUUCUUUUUGCAUUUUCAUGGGAAUUUUGGCUUUGGGAGGGGGGCUUUGAAAUUUUUUGCAUUUAAUGGAAAUUUGGGAAAUUUAUUUGUAAAUUUUUAGGACUUCAGCGCCUUGAAAUUUUUAUGGUUUUUCAUGGAAGUUUCAGGGAAUUUUAUUUUUAUGUUUGUGGAAAUUUUCCGUCAUAUUCAUGAAAUUUUGUGUCAUGUAAUUUUAGUUUUUGGGGAAUUUGAUAAGAUAUUUUAGGGAGAAUUCACUUUUGAAAUUUUUGUUAAUUUUUUUUUUUUUUUUUAGAUUGGGUGAACUAAGCUUUAAAAUAUUAUUAUAUGUUCAUGGAAAUUUUGGAAAUUUCUUAGUAAAUUUUUGGGAAAUGUAUUAGGAAU